CCUCCCACUGGCAUCAUCAUGCUCCCUGAUCUUCCCUCGGAGAUCAUAUUACAUAUCGCAAUACAUCUGCCUACUGUCAAUUCAUUGACGCACUUGGCACAAACUUGUCGUCGGUUAUAUAAAAUUGUCACAGCCGAAGAAGCAGCCUUCUUCCGGGCAUUUAUUCAACGACAGUUUCCAUCAACAAAGACACCACUUUUUUGGAAAGAUGCUGCAUGCGCCCUUACCUCUCGUUCACGUGCCCUAGACAGAUUGGGCAUUAUUGGCCGCUUCGUCCUGCCACCUGAGAAUGUAACCCGGGUCGGGUAUCAUCAAGAAACAAGAGACGACAACCCUACCUUGGGAUACCGACCUCCAAUUGACUCUUACGAGACCUGGAAUGGCGACUCCUGGGCGGACAAGAAGGAGGUUCUCGCCUGGGGCGCAGGUCACCAGCUGUUAAUGCGCAUCAAGCAGUCGGGAAGCCAACCACAUGAAAAUUGGAUUGUCUUCAAUGACCGGCACCAUGUUAGCAGUUAUGAUGAUAUCUGUGGCCUGCAUCUCAUGGGGCCAGAAUCUGGCGGCAAAAAGGCCGAUAUUGAACACUUGAUCCUUGGUCGCAUUCGCGGCGACAUUGUUCGCCUCGCUCUCUCCGCCAGUGAUACGGCCUUCGAGACAAAGCAGAGGUUCGCGACCAAGGGGAUGACUCUUGACCGAACAGACCUAAGUGAUGGCUCAGAGCCCAUUAUCUCCGGUCAUUUUGAUAAUGGCUCAAUCGCAUUGUACCAUACAGUCGACAAUACAGAAGAGGUCGAGCCGUUUACGUGGAUCGAGCCAAACAGCUUGUCACGAAGCCGAUAUUCAAAACUGCUCUCAUCGACGCGAAUUGCCGUGGCCACUGGAAGGUCGGAGGAUACAUUGUCAAUUUCAACCAUCUCUCCAGACGGCAUCUCCCGGGUUCGACAAAUCGGAGUGGAAUCAUUGGACAUUGAAGAUCAAAUUGGUCAUCCAGCGCAUAGCACUGUGUCUGCUAUUGCACCUCUAAAUUCCCACAGACUUGCCGGGAACCCAGGUGAUGUGUUCCUCGCCGCUUGGGGUGAUCGAACCAUCAGACUCCACGAUCUUCGCACUCCACAUUCCUAUGAAACAACAUACAUAGAUACCACGGACCCAAACCUUACAUACAGUGUUCACCCAUUUGGCCAUGAUAGGUUUCUCGCGGGCUCUGGCGGUGACGCCUUAGUCAAAAUAUUUGACCUUCGCAUGGACAAAACAUACGACUACCUUGAUGCCCAAGUCUCACACACACCAUCUCUAACAUCUCAUCAAAAAGAGAAGCGAGCGAAACGACCUCGGAAAAACUUUUCCCUUUUCCUGUCCUCGCCACCACCUCCCCUCUUCCGACAGCAGAAUGGUCGCAACCGAAGGAGAGGCCCAUAUCGUGGCCCGGUUUAUACAAUGUCCACGCCGUCCCCGUCUUCACAAACCGUAUAUACUGGCAUUGUGGACGGUGUCGUUCGUCUCGACUUUGCAUCGAUGGACGACCUAGCUGGACCAACAAAGGAGUGGUACGAACGUGUGCUUGACCUCAAUCUUCCCCAUAAGUCCGGGAUGUAUUCAGCUACAACGCCCGAUAAUAGCGCGGUGCUCAGACUAGCCGGUUUCGAGCGUCCAGACCCAGAUGAUUUGACUACUACAUCCAAGUUGAGAACGCAGACUGAGGAGUGGUGUCUCAAUCCCGAAAGCCAAUCCAACAAGGUGGAGGAGGAUGCAGGUUGGGAUUGGCGAUGGCAGCCACUCAGUGAACCUGGGGCCUGGAGACGGAGAGAUGGCUAA